AGCUAAGUGCGUAGCUAUUUGUAAGCUACAACAAGCCUCCAGCACCAUGUCCGCGGACAACGCUGGGAUUUCUCUGACAUCCCCACGCAUGGAGACGAUACCUGCGUCAGAUCCAAACCAAAGACAGCCUUAAUUUGUCCAGCACGCACACACCAACGCACACGCACACUCUCUCUCUCUCUCUCUCUCUCUCUCUCUCACUCACUCACCAACUCACUCUCUUUCCUACACACACGUACAGAGAGGGACUUGAUCGCAUUGCGGGGCUGUAGUCGCAACAGAGAGGACGCGAGGAUUUAAAGGAAUGAUGGAAGAAACAGCUGCCGCAGCCCCAGCCUCUGGCACUAGUGCUGUCCUAUCAACUCCAAGGCCUCAGCCUGGCUCCUUUACCCCUUCCCGCAGUCUCCUAGAGUGGAGAAGGAGGGUCAAGUCUGAGUAUAUGCGCCUUCGCCAGUUAAAACGCCUUCAAAAAGUAGACAAAGUCAAGAGCUUGUUCAUGUCCAACAGGCAAAAGAUUGAGCUGCAGACUAAUCUCCUGAAUACAGAGUGGUCCAAGCUUAGGAUUCAAGCCAUCCCUGUCUCAACCUUUAGUGGAUCUCUGGCAAAUAAGAAGAUGUGUGCAGUGGAGUUUGGGUUCCCGGAAUUUAAUUCUCAGGCCAUUCCAAUGAAACCUCUGUCUACAGUGGCAGGAAUCCCCUUCAUGUACUCGUGGUCACCACUGCAGCACAACUUCAUGGUGGAGGAUGAAACGUUCCUACACAACAUUCCCUACAUGGGCGAUGAGGUGCUUGAACAGGAUGAGGCCUUCUUAGAGGAACUCAUUGACAACUAUGAUGGCGUUCAUGGUGACAGAGAGGGCGGGUUCAUCAGCGACGAGAUCUUCAAGGAACUUGUGGAUGCCUUGAGUCAAUAUUCUGACCAUGACGAAGAAGAGGAGGAGGAUGCAGGGGUGAUGGCAGCAGAGGUUGCAGGGAAGAAAGAGGAAGAGAGGAUGAUGAUGAGGAGGAGCUCAGUGGAAGGCUCUGAAGAGACUAAAGCUGGGACAUUAAUCAGGAGAAAAAGGAGAGGCACCACAGAGGUGAAAGAUGCGUCCGGCAGCAAGAGGAUCCCUAACGAUAAGAUAUUUACAGCCAUCGCCUCGAUGUUUCCCUACAAGGGCACCACAGAGGAGCUGAAGGAAAAGUACAAGGAUCUACAGGAGCCACCAGGCCCAGUAAAACUCCCCCCCCUCUGCACUCCCAACUUAGAUGGGCCUUUUGCAAAGUCUGUGCAGAGGGAGCAGUCGUUGCAUUCCUUCCACACACUCUUCUGUAGACGUUGCUUCAAAUACGACUGUUUCCUCCACCCUUUUCAUGCAACACCCAAUGUUUACAAGAGGAAGAGUAAGGAGAUCCGCAUGGAGACUGAACCGUGUGGGGAAGACUGCUUCCUGUUACAGAAAGGAGCUAAAGAGUUCGUAGAUCGGAAUAUGUUACGGUCGCAGAGAUCUCGGAGGCGACGGAGGCAGCAGCGACCCACCGGUUCCAGCGGUUCUGGACCAACUGGGUCUGCUGAGGAAGGCAAGGAGGGUGAAAGUGACCAUGAAACCACUUCCUCCUCAGAGGGGAAUUCUCGCUGCCAGACUCCAACCAAGCUGCGUCCAGGUGAAGAUGAAAUGGAGCAGCAGGAGUGCUGUGUGGUCCAGUGGAGUGGGGCCGAGGAGUCACUCUUCAGGGUGCUGCACGGCACAUACUUUAACAACUUUUGCUCCAUUGCACGUCUCAUUGGUACCAAGAACUGCAAACAGGUCUACGAGUUUGCAGCGAAAGAGGUUCUGAUCCACCGGGUCCCUUUGGUAGAUGGAGGCAUCUCACCCCAAAAGAAGAAAAGGAAACACAGGUUAUGGGCAAAGAUUCAGCUGAAAAAAGAUAACUCCUCCAAUCAGGUGUACAACUAUCAGCCAUGUGACCACCCUGACCACCCAUGCGACAGCUCCUGCCCCUGUGUGAUGACCCAGAAUUUUUGUGAGAAGUUCUGUCAGUGCGAACACGAGUGCCAGAACCGUUUCCCGGGCUGCCGAUGUAAAACCCAGUGCAACACCAAGCAGUGUCCAUGCUACCUGGCCGUACGAGAGUGUGACCCAGAUCUCUGCAUGACCUGUGGAGCUGCCGACCACUGGGACAGCAAAGUCGUGUCCUGUAAGAACUGCGGCAUCCAAAGAGGCCUUAAAAAGCACCUGCUGCUGGCUCCAUCAGAUGUUGCUGGUUGGGGAACAUUCAUCAAAGAGCCUGUGCAGAAGAAUGAAUUUAUCUCUGAGUACUGUGGAGAGCUGAUCUCUCAAGAUGAGGCAGACCGACGAGGAAGGAUUUACGAUAAAUACAUGUCAAGCUUCCUUUUCAAUUUGAACAACGAUUUUGUAGUGGAUGCCACACGAAAGGGGAACAAAAUUCGAUUUGCAAAUCAUUCAGUUAACCCCAACUGCUAUGCUAAAGUUGUGAUGGUUAAUGGAGACCACCGUAUUGGAAUCUUCGCCAAGCGAGCUAUCUUGCAGGGGGAAGAGCUCUUCUUUGACUACAGAUACAGCCAAGCUGAUGCUCUGAAGUACGUGGGAAUAGAGCGGGAAGUGGACAUGACUUAGCUUUAUUGCUAUAUCUAUAGACUGGCCUUCAUUCACCAUCUCUGUACGUUAUGCAAGCUUUUUCAGCAUACAUAAUGUAGAUCAGUGAAGUGCAUGUGCUGUCUUUUGACACAUCACCAACUAAACGUGUUAGCCAAGUGCUUUAGCUUCAGUCAGAUGCUUUUCCUGUUCGGUCAUGUAGUAUUGUGGAUAAUAACGUUAUACCCUGACUGUUCCACUGAAAAGCUUGCAUCAUUAACACAUUUCUGCCAUGAAAUAAGCUCAUUUAUAUCAAUGUUCUGCAAAAAUAGGCAACUAGAAGACAAACCGACUGACUGAAUGUAACUUUAGAUGGCAAAGAAGAGGUCUUACCUCACAAAAUUCCAGAAUUGGUACUCAGAUCGUUGUAUAUACAGCAGACAUAUAAACAUCAUCAUACCAUGAUAAUAAAGUAAAAUAGUAAGAGUAAGUGUCUUCCUUUAACAUUUAAAAGAAGUGCCAAAAGAUUAUUCACUAAAAAGCUCAUAUAAUUUGCAUGUGAUAUGUUGUAUAAUAAAACAGAGAAAGGUUAUUAAGUAAGAAAAAGCUAAAUUACCCAUUGUAUAGCAUUUGAUUUACCAUGUUUUUUUUGAAGUCCACAUUAUUAUACAGUGUCUUGCAAAGGUUUUCACUCUGCUUUUAUUUGUUCUCCUUUCAUUGUUUUAUCACAUUAACUACGGACUUUGGGUUUUAUGUAAUAGAUCAAUACAAAAUAGUCCACAAUUUAGAAAAGAAACAACUUAGCAUUUGAAUUAUUUGGACUCAGAUACAGUACAGACCAAAAGUUUGGACACACCU